UGAGUACGAGUGGUGGUGCUCAACACACAAGCAUAGAUCAUUUGAUUUGAAGAGGGAGAAAGAGGAGAGAGAGAGUAAUAAGAGAAGCAAGUAAUGGAGGAAGGAAAAGGAGAAGUAAAGCACAUGUUGCUCGCAAAGUUCAAAGAAGAGGUAUCAGAGCAACAGAUUGAAGACUGCAUAAAGCAAUAUGCAAAUCUUGUUAACCUUAUACCUUCCAUGAAGUCUUUCAGAUGGGGUAGGGAUGUGAGCCAAGAAAACUUGCAUCAAGGUAUUACUCAUGUUUUCGAGUCGACAUUCGAAAGCACACAAGGAGUGGCAGAGUAUCUCUCCCAUCCAGAUCAUGAAGCAUACGGAAACAUACUACGCCCUCUGCUGGAGAAAGCCAUCACUGUUGAUUACCACCCUACUCCCGUCCAACUCUGAAUCAAUCACGCCGCCACGCCUAUUAAUCAUGAAGCAGAGAAUUUCAUGUUUGAUGAUAUCAUACUUUGCAGUAAUUUUUUCUGGAGUUUGCUUUUGUUUAUUUACUUUCUGGGAUUGUUUCCAAGAGUCUCACAUGCAAUGAUUUAUGUACUCGUUUCUGAAUUGUAUUAAUACCAUUGACUAACUACCUAAAUGGAAAAGAAAGCAAGAAUUCAUGCA